AUGUCCUUAGGGCACCUCAAUGAUCAUCUCGGAGGUCCCAACAUGGCCUCUUCCGAGAUUCCAGGCUUUACUCUUCAUAGGCGUGUUGUGUCGGCGUGCAACAGGUGCAGAGUUCAAGUGUACCGAAGACGUGACGCGUUGAUUCACCUGCGCACGCGGCACUCUCGUUGUGUGCGGGAUUAUUCUGGCGCAAAUGCUGGUGAUGAAUGUGCGGGCAAGUCAUUAUCAGCUGGCACCGACGAACCUGUGCAUGAUGAGGCUGCUGGAGACCUCGGUGACGAAAACCUACCAGGUGAUUGCAACUGGGAUGUCCAGGGUAGCCAGUCCACGGCAGUGAAGAUGGGGUCGCACAUGUUGGAGGGCCACAGAUGGGGUCGCACAUGCUGCGAGGAUGGCAGUGGUUUUAGGAGACCAGAUGUUGAGGACAGCCCGAUGGACAUUCUGCACUUCAUGGCCCAAUAUGCUGCCUGGGAGGCAGUGCAGAACCUGCUGAAAAUAGCCCUAUGGAAGGAGCUGCUCCUGGCUAACCUGGCAGUGAUGAGGAUGAUGUACAGAUCCAAACCUCCCUACCAACUCAUAGGGGGUCUAACAGCGUCUAACUUCUUAGGCGGGGCUGUCAGCCGGGCUCAUUAUCAGCUGCUGACGAUAGUUGUCAACGUGGCAUAA